AUGGCCCGAACGAGCCCUGAAAACAGGGAGCCCGUCUUUACCCCGAUAGCACAGAAUGGCCCAGCUACUGCCUCCUCAAAGUACAAGGAUAUCACGAGUCAGUUCAAUGAUAGCAAAGACCGGGGUCGGCCCGACAGCGAUAUUCAGACGAUAAAUAGAAGGAAGGAGAUUCAAUUCAAAGCUUCUCAUUUUCUGUUAAUAGGCUUCUUUCUGUGGAUAUUUCUACUUCAUGCCAUUGGAAUAUAUUUCUUCACCAAAGGCUUCCUUCUUACACGCCUUGUGCUUGACUACAAAUCAGAAUGCACUGCUCCUCCGUUCGACCUGGGGAAACAAAGUCCGAGAACCUAUACAGAUGGAUGCUGGCAUCCGAAGACCUUCGACAAGGCGGUAAUAAUAAUCAUUGAUGCUCUACGCUACGACUUUACUGUUCCCUUUUCUGGUAUUCCGCACCAUUUCCAUAAUGCUCUUACAGUCUUGGACGAGACAGCACGACAGAGCCCUGGAAAUGCCUUCCUCCUACCAUUCAUAGCGGAUCCUCCAACUUCGACACUUCAAAGAUUGAAAGGCUUAACAACGGGGACUCUGCCUACAUUCAUUGACAUAGGGUCCAACUUUGCUGGGACAGCCAUUGAGGAAGAUAAUUUGCUUGGACAGCUGCGGAACGCAGGGAAGACGUUGGUUCAUUUAGGUGAUGAUACCUGGCACUCGCUAUUCCCAGGAUACUUCGACGCCAAUCUUACGCACGCGUACGAUUCUUUCAAUGUUUGGGAUUUGUUUACCGUCGAUAAUGGGGUGACUGAGCAUCUGAUACCUCUGUUGAGCCCUGAGAACACGGGAAAGUGGGAUGUACUAUUUGGUCAUUAUCUUGGUGUCGACCACGCCGGACAUCGAUAUGGCCCCGAUCAUCCAGCGACGAACUCUAAGUUGAGAGAAAUGGAUGACGUGCUAAGAAAAGUCAUUACUCUUAUGGACGACAAGACCUUGCUGGUGGUGAUGGGUGACCAUGGCAUGGAUGUCAAGGGAGACCAUGGCGGAGAAUCUGACGACGAGGUAGAAGCGGCACUGUGGCUGUACUCGAAGAAAGGCGUUUUUGGUAGGGGUCAUAACGGGAAGAUGGAGCCACCACCCACUGCCAAAGAACGUCCUGUGGGACAGAUUGACCUCGUGCCAACACUCUCCCUACUUCUCGGCAUGCCAAUACCUUUCAAUAACCUCGGAGCUCCCAUCGCGGAGGCUUUUGUCGGCCCCGGAAAGCCUGAUUGGCAAAGACUAGCAUCUGUGAACGCACUGGCGGGUGCUCAGAUUAGCAGAUAUCAGCAUGAGUACUCGCGUUCCAGAGGAUUGGAAGAAAGUAUCUUUUCUUUGCCCCAAGGUUACUGGGCGGACGGACUCCAAUCUUGGAAAGAGGCCGUUCAGCAUAAAGAAAGGGGUGACUUGUAUGCUACAGCAUUCGAGAAGUUCUCCCAGUACCAGCAAGAGACUUUACGCAUAUGUCGAGGUCUUUGGGCUACAUUCAAUAUCCCGAGUAUGCUAGAAGGAAUCUUUAUUCUGGCAAGCGCUGUGGGCGUUGUGGCGGUCUUCGCACGGUCGUCAGGACCAUCGACCGCUGAAGUGGUGCCAGUUUAUUUGUCGCAUAUGACGGUCCUUGGAGCUAUCGGCGGUGCGAGUGUUUUAUUGAUUGCAACGAUUUUGCCUGGCAUGGUUGCGAAGGAUACCUCUCUUCUUGGCCUUGCAGCUGGCGGUAUCGGCGGCUUCGGCUGGGUCUUCCUUGAGCUACAGAAAGGGUUUUCUCUCCCUUUCCCGCGGUCCUUGUGGGGUUGGCUUGCAGUUGUCUUUACGUUGAGUCAGUCCAUCGGCUUCGCUUCAAAUUCGUACACCAUUUGGGAAGACGAGAUUAUGCUUUGCUUUCUCGGCACUUUCGCAUUUGUCGCUUUUGCUGCUUCGAUACGCCAAGAAUUCUUCAUUGAGCGCAUCCUUGGCAUGUCCCAAGCCGCCGCAUUCUUCGUGCUGAGUCGUUUGGCUUCGCUCUCCAGACUCUGUCGCGAAGAGCAAAUGCCGUACUGUAGGUCCACAUACUACGCGUCGACCAACUCAUCCACAUCGGCUCCGUGGCAACUGCUCAUACCACUCAUCACAGCGAUUCUAUUGCCCGUUAUUAUCAAGACAUACUACCAGGGGACACGUUCGUACCAAGGAUCCGCAACACUGUGGGUGGGCUUUGCCUUGAGGAUGGGCCUACUUGGAUCUGCUAUUUUCUGGGUACUUGACGCAGCAGACGACAAUGAAUGGCUGAAAAUGAGUCAGGGUAGCCUUAAGAUGAUAAAGAUCGUCCUGGCUCGAUUGCUACUCGGCUCGGCCUUCGUAGUCGGUACUACAACCUUUGUGUAUGGGAACCCUUGCAUCAAUGUUGAGGUGACACCCGAAGCCAAUGCCGACACCAACGAUGGCGUAGUCACAAAGCCAAAGUCGGUAAAAGUAUUUGGGUACGCCAACGUGCACGGAACGCGGUACUUUCUGCUGGUCACCAACUGGCUUUUGGCCAUCUUUUUACUUCAAAAGCCUAUGGGAGGAGGUGCAAUUGGCAUUUUGGCCGUCCAGAUCCUCGCUCUCCUUGAAAUCAUUGACACAAACGAUCUUUCCCAAACCGCCAUAGGUCCCGUUGUCUUAGGUCUACUCGGCAGCUUUCACUUCUUCAAGACAGGCCAUCAAGCAACACUCUCAAGUAUCCAGUGGGAGUCAGCAUUCGUCGCUUUGAGGACAGUAACCUAUCCUUGGUCACCACUGUUGGUUGUGCUCAACACCUUCGGCGCUCAAAUACUUACUACCGUGGCAGUGCCCUUGAUAGCACUAUGGAAGCAGCCUCCAAAGAAGCCGAGGCUGCUUAGCGAUGUGGCCAAAGCACUAGCUACUUUGCUUUUAUACUACGCCGUUAUCAACCUGGCGACGACUAUGUGGGCUGGCUGGUUGAGGAGACAUCUAAUGCUGUAUAGAAUAUUUAGUCCGCGGUUCAUGACCGCGGCGGCGGUACUUAUAACGGUCGAUUUGGUCGGCAUUCUUGUUGCUAUUGGGAGUUUGAGGUGGAACUUUGCAAGCAUUGCGGAGGUGUUUGGAUGGAGUUGA